CUUGGGGUAGCCCCGCCUCUAGAGCGACCCGGGAUUUACUUCGAGAACUGAUUGGGUCAGAUCUGUGACAGUUCCCGUCGCCUAGGAAACUAGGGCCCGGCGCCCUUAGAACUAGAGGGAGGAGGCAGGCCCGGGUCAGGGGCCUCGAGAUCGGGCUUGGGCCCAGAGUAUGUUCCAGAUCCCAGAGUUUGAGCCGAGUGAGCAGGAAGACUCCAGUACUACAGAUAGGGGCCUGGGCCCUAGCCUCACUGGGGACCAGCCAGGACCCUGCCUGGCCCCAGGUCUCCUGGGGAACAUUGGUCAUCAACAGAGACGUGCAGCCAACAGCAGUCAUCAUGGAGGCGCUGGGGCUAUGGAGACCCGGAGUCGGCACAGUUCGUACCCCGCGGGGACCGAGGAGGAUGAAGGGACGGAGGAGGACCUCAGCCCCUUUCGGGGCCGCUCGCGUUCUGCUCCCCCCAAUCUCUGGGCUGCGCAACGCUACGGCCGCGAGCUCCGAAGGAUGAGCGAUGAGUUUGAGGGUUCCUUCAAGGGACUUCCUCGCCCGAAGAGCGCAGGCACUGCAACACAAAUGCGACAGAGCGCCAGCUGGACGCGUAUUUUCCAAUCCUGGUGGGAUCGAAAUUUGGGCAAAGGAGGCUCCGCCCCCUCCCAGUGAUCUUAUGCUCCUCAUCCCCGGAACUCUACCCUCUCCCGUGGCCCGCCAUAUUGGGUGUGGGCGGAAGUCUUCCAAGGCCUUAGGGGAAAAAAAAAAAAGAGGAUCGCUGUGUCUCUUUAACAGCGAGAAGAGCAGAACAGUCUGAGUCUCUUCCGGUGCGUGCAAUAGCCACGAGGAGGUGGUUCACGUUGAGAGUUUCAAAGUUUUCCCACCCCCUCAGCCUCCGGAAUUUUCCCCUCUCCGGUACCGGGCUGCCCUCAGGCGCUUGUGCUAAGUUUCCAGCCCGGGUAAACCGUGAAUGGGCUACUGCCCUAUUAUCCGAACUGGGGACCCGUGAUCGCCACAAACGUGCUUUAUAAUAAAGCCCGCACCUGUGUC